AGAGACUACUCUGGCGCCUACACCUCCUCUCAUCUUCAUCCAUCAUGCAGAGGUUAACUGAUUCAGUGACAUCUACCUUUCAGUUGGAAACUAAGGACGAACGCCUUGCAGCCUGCCUGCAAGGAGGUUCAACCAUAGUUUACAGCGAGAAGUUUGGAUUGGGAUGGCGCUUUGGUCUGCAGUACGCAAAAGAAGGCUGGUCUUUUGCUAGAGUGAAUGUUUACUUUGACCACUCCCAUUGCUCGUCAGCGAUAGGCGCCGCUACUACAGUGACUGUUUGCCUUAAAGCUGGGCCUGGUUCAGAGGUCCCUCCCUUUGAGAGCAAAACAGCCACGAUUACUGAUUUUGGCCACGGGCCGCCCGCACUUCUUGGCUCUUUCUGGCCGUCCGUCAUCGUUGCACGCCCUUACAUGUCGUUUACGGUCACCACGAAAGUAGACUUCGCUCCAGUCGUCGCUGACCCCCUCACCAAUACUGCAUCUGCUCUCAGACAGUCCAUGGACGACGGUGAAUUUGCCGACACCAAGUACUAUGUCACGUCCAAACGUAGAACUUCUUGGAAAUCUCCAGGAAAAACUCGUUUCGUGUAUGCGAACGAUGCAGUUUUAAACCACGGCGUCGGCAUCGUGCCCGUUUCCCCUUCACCUAUCAAGGAAGACAGUCUACUCGUUCGCUACCAGAGCGAACCUAUGCUGAUGAGGGACGCUGAGCAAUACAAUUAUGACUCUGACAGCGACAUCGAGGAAGAGGACGAGGAAGAGGAAGAGAAACCGAAACCGAAACCGAAACCGAAACCGAAUGAAAAACAACAAGAGGCACAUCGCCAGUACCAACCCUAUCGUUAUAGCCAGAGUUACUACCCUGUGGCGGCACCUUCUGAGUCCGAUAUUUCUGAUGACACUUCCGAUAGCAGUGCACUAAGUUCAGAUGAUGGCCUUCACUGGACGAAACGGGUGCAUCCAGGUUUCCGCUCGAUGGACACGUUGGUGCCUGAGGCGGUUCCUCCACCUUUCCCUUCGGGCCAGCGAAUGGUAUUGGUUCGGGACACAGCAUUCGCAACCUGGACGUCCUACGUAUACUAUUGCUACACUGGCCAGGUUUCUUUCUAUCUUCUGAAGUCCAAAGAUUCAACCAGCCGACGUGAUAAGACCACUGGGACUCUGCGCUGCUCUCCCAAGUCAAUGUACCGACUCGCGGAUAAGCUCAAGAAUGCACGUUUGCGGGCUCUGGCAUUCCAGGCAAUCAAGUCUAGUCUGUCCAAUAGCAAUAUCCUGGAUGAGUCGUUCUCAUGGUUUACGGCUCAGUACCCCGACAUUCAAAAAAUGGAAUUAGAGCUCCUAAUGAAGUUCCGCAAGACACCUGAAGUAUCAAGGCGCCUGUCGCGGAUUCUUGAAGCUGUUUCCCGAGGAGAAAAGCCUUAUGCACAUGCUAUGCUUCAUGGCUUUUUAGCAAAUUUGACGGGGCAGGGGGCAAGUACACGAUGAAGCUUGAAGUCGCGACAGUCAUACUGUCAUUUGUUCAGUGCUGUACUUGUAAGUCAUGUUGUCCAAUGUUCUCCUGUAUUG